AAAGAGGACACCAAACUCAUGGCGGCUUUGAAGCCCGUUAAGGUCUUGCCUACACAGAUUGCUUGCCAGUUUACGCUAAGUAGGCUUGGGAUACUUGAUGAUGUUGCAACAGUGUUUGAGACGCUUGGUUUGGGGAGAUUAUGGAGAGUGGAGCAUCGCGUGUACCCUAAGCUCGUGAGAGAGUUUAUAGCCACUUGUCGUCUUACAUACAAUAACCCGACGAAGCCAACAGCUGGUGAAGGGACACUCACGUUCUUCCUCAACAAAGUGCACUACAGCAAAACUUUGUUUGAGAUAUGCGACAUGUACGGGUUCACCAAGGGAGAAUCUGUUGAGUUUCCAAAGUUGUCCUAUGCGGUUGCUGAUGAUUUUUGGGGUACGAUUGCUUCAGGGUCAUACAAGUCGCGUGAGGCGAAGAUUACACACAUCCGAAACCCCGUAGUGCGAUAUGUAGCGAAAGUCAUUGGCAGUACAUUGUAUUUCAAACCAGUGAUAGCAGCUGUUCCAUUGUCAGAGUUGGCUAUGCUUUUCUACGGCGUUAAGCACCUCUUACCUCGCUAUGCUGACCUUCCAGCACCUGAUGUCAACAUAGUUGUAAUUUUGUGCGAUGUGUUAGUCAAGAUGAAGAACACCGCUCCCACAUCAGCCGGCCGGAGUAUUCUAGCUGGUACUGCACUUACUCCACUAUUCCUUGGCUGUAAACUGGACCUCUCCACGGUUAAGUAUGAAGCUGGGCAAGCGUCUAUGGAUGUUGAUAACCUGGUCAACACCGGCUACCUCAAGACAAACAGUCUCGUGUACACUUUCUUGGGCAGGGAAAAUUUCUCAUACUUCUGCAGCCUACCCAACACGCAUAUCACUUCGCUGGUCUCUCUCUCGAACUUGGAGUUCAUACCCGACGAGCAGUACUUGGUUCCCAACCCUUUCGGAGGCGUCCCUAGACGACGCAUGUUCGUCGAUGCUCCACCUGCAGAUGAGCAUGUUGUAGCUGAUGAUGAGAUUUAUGAGGAUUAUGAUGAUCUGGUACCUCGCGAGCAUGCUCAGCCAUACCUGCUGCUUCCUGAGGAUCAAGCACGAUACCGCCUUUCACCACCACCAGCAGGUGACGAUAUCUCCAGGCAGAUGGAAUGGAUGAUAGCUUCGACGAGGAAGAACAACAGUAUGAUGCACAAGAUGUGGAGAGCCAUAGCUAAGAUCAGGCCUUGUGUGUGCACUCGCGGAGGAGGAGCAGAUGAUGCAGACCGGGAGAACCGGUCUAAGACCACUGAGGAUCGACAUGCUGAGAGGUUGGUCCCUGCUGCUGGGCAGAGUGGAGCUUCGACUUCGCAGCGUUCACCAGAGCAUACUCCAGACACACGCUUAGGCAGGAGCAGGAGACAACCAGGCGAGCAGCAGAGCUCUAGCGAGAGCCCCACCCGCCACCGUUGAGUACUACAGUACCACCCCUUUUUCCCU